AUGAGCCAGCAGCCGACGCAGGAUCCCUCUCCCGCCUCUAGACGCUCGCCGCGCUCCAGCGCCGCCGCUCCUGCCUCGCUCCUCGCGCGCAUCGAACCCGUCGCACAGGCCUCGCAGUCUUUGCACCCGCGCAAGCGCCGUCUCAGCACCGACCAGGCGCCUGAACACUCGCGCCGCACGCGUCCCGCUCCUGCCAUGGCCGACGAGUCUGGCUCGUGGCGCACCGGCGCUGCCAGCGGCGAGGCGCCCUCGGGCGGCAGCAGCUGGGGCCACGGCGCCGCUGCUGCUGCUCCGGCGGCCGCUGCGGCCUCCAGUGGUGGGCGGCGCAACGGCGGCGGCCGCAAUGCCCGCGGCGGACCGGCAGCCAAGCGUAAAGCUGCUCCGGCGCCGAGCAAGCCGAUGAGCAUCCUGCCCGCGCCCAGCCACACCAUCGAGUACCUGCGCGAGACGUACGCUCGCAUGCUGGGCAGCUCCGAGAUGAAGCCGGCGUGGCUUGACAACCCGAAAAGCCCGGUGCAGAACCACGUCAUGGCCAUGACGGGCGCCAACCCGAAGUACGAGGUGGAGGAGGGCCACGUCGAGGGCCGGCGUGAGAAGACUUACAGAGCCACGCUGGUGGUGCACCAGCAGCCCGAAGUGAUCGCCUACGGCGAUGCACGCUCGGCCAAGGACGCCGAGAAGGUUGCUGCGCUGCAUGCGCUGCUGCUCCUCGUCGAGCGCAGGCUGCUCGGCAGCCGCCCGCCGCCCGGCGUCGCCAAGGCGGCCGCGGCGUCCAGCGGCGCCGCCGCCGCUGCCGCGCAGCCGACGGUCCAGCUGUCCGACAAGACGAUGCUGACGGCCGAGCGUGCGCGCGAGUUCAUGGAGUACUACUGCAAGAAGUUCAACUUCGGCAAGCCCGACAUUCUGCUCUCGCAGGGCACACAGCAGAAGGGCCGCCGGCAGGUGCAGGCGGGCUGGGAGGCCGAGAUGGCCGUUGGCGGCCGGCGCAUCGGCAUGGCGCAGGGCAGCAACAAGAAGGUCGCCACGAGCAACGUGUACCUCGACACGGUCAAGUACCUCGAGUCGUGCGACCCCGAGCUCUGGCGCCAGUUCGACAUGACGCACAAGCCCGGCGCGCCUGUGGGCAGCGCCCCGCACGUGUACUUCCGCAUCUCCGACGAGCUCGACGACGAGCUGCGCGCCGUCUAUCAGGACACGCGCCAGAGCAUGCUCUACGCCAAGCGGCCGCGCCUGGCGGGCGUGGCGCAGCCCGGCGAGGCGCGCAGCGAGUUGGUCGCCCAGAAGCCGCGGGACCAGCGCCGCUUUGGCGGGCCCGGGGCCGCGUCCGAGGAGGUGCUCAAGCAAAAGAGCGCGCGCCUGCUGGCCGACCUGGACGCCUACCAGACGGCCGACCGCGUCAAGGCGAUCCGCGAGCAGCGCCACAGCCUGCCCGUGCAGCAAAAGGCGGGCGACGUGCUCGUCAAGAUCGAGCUCAACCAGGUCACCAUCGUCAUGGCAGCCACCGGCUCGGGCAAGACGACGCAGAUUCCGCAGAUGCUUUUCGACGACUACAUCCUCCGCGGCGAGGGCGCCAAGUGCAACAUCUUCUGCACGCAGCCGCGCCGCAUUGCCGCCAUCAGUGUGGCGCAGCGCGUGGCCAAGGAGCGCGGCGAGCGUGUCGGCGAGACGGUCGGCUACCAGGUGCGCUUCGAGGCCAAGACGCCGCAGCCCAACGGCUCGAUCACGUUCUGCACCACCGGCGUGUUCCUGCGGCGCCUGCAGUCGGCGCUCGGCGACUCGAACGCGAGCAACAGCUUCCUCGACAGCCUCACGCACAUUGUCGUCGACGAGGUGCACGAGCGCGACGUCGAGACGGACCUGCUGCUCGUCGUCAUCAAGCGCCUGCUCGCCGAGCGCAAGCGCAUGGGCAAGAAGGAGAUCAAGCUCGUGCUCAUGAGCGCCACGAUCGACCCGACGCUCUUCCAGAACUACUUUACCGAGCCGCCGCCGUCACUCAAGCCGGCGCCCGUCGUCGAGGUGCCGGGCCGCAGCUUCCCCGUCGACAAGCACUACCUCGAGGAGACGAUCGCGCACCUGCAGUCGCAGCGCCUCACCCACCGCGACGGCGCCUGGGUGUUCCAGGAGAAGAACGUGCGCGACUAUCUCGAGCGCGAGCUGAACCAGGGCGGCGGCAUCGUCAAGCGCGUCAUCAAUGGCGCGCCCGGCGCCGAGGCCGAGGCGUCCGACGCCAUCGACGACCUCGAGCUGCCGUACCCGCUCAUCAGUCUGAUGAUCGCCGACGUGAUCAACCGCUCCGACGACGGCCACGUGCUCGUCUUCAUGCCCGGCUGGGAGGAGAUCAAGGCGGUCAACACGAUCCUGCAGGACACUCGCUCGCGGCCGCUGCUCGGCCUCGACUUCAAUGACUCGAGCCGCUUUGAGGUGCACAUCCUGCACUCGUCGAUCCCCGUCGCGGAGCAGCAGGCCGUCUUUGACCCGCCGCGCGACCCCUCGAUCCGCCGCAUCAUCCUCUCGACGAAUAUCGCCGAGACGUCGGUGACCAUCCCGGAUGUGGUCUACGUCGUCGACACGGGCCGUGUGAAGGAGAAGCGCUACGACCCAGAGCGCCACCUCUCGAGCCUCGUCUCGGCCUGGGUCGGCACGUCGAACCUGAACCAGCGUGCCGGCCGUGCUGGUCGCCACCGCCCCGGAGAGUACUACGGCGUGCUGUCCAAGGCGCGCUACGACCAGCUCAAUGUCAACCAGACGGUCGAGAUGAAGCGCACGGACCUCAGCAACGUCGUCAUGCACAUCAAGGCGCUCGACAUUCCCGGCAUGGAGGUCGAGGACGUGCUCGACGCGGCCAUCGAGCCGCCGGCGCCCGAGCGCGUGCGCGCUGCGAUGGAGAAGCUCUUCAUGGUCGGCGCGCUGGAUCAGAGCAAGGCGCUCACGUCGCUCGGCCACGUGCUGCUGCAGCUGCCCGUCGACGCGGCGAUGGGCAAGAUGUGCCUCUACGGCGCCUUCUUCCGCUGCCUCGACCCGACCCUGACGCUCGCGGCCGUGCUGACGAACCGCGACCCGUUCAUGGCGCCUAUGGCACUGAAGCGCGAGGCGGACGCCGUCAAGGACAGCUGGUGCCCGCCCGACUUCCGCUCCGACGCGCUCACCGUGCUGCGCGCCUACACGCACUGGUGGGACAUGCAGGGCCGCGGCGACUACCAGGCGGCGAACCGCUUCUGCUCGGACAACUUCCUGAGCAAGAUCACGCUGCUGCAGAUCCAGCAGGUCAAGGAGCACCUCUUCUCGUCGCUCGAGAAGGCCGGUAUCAUCGAUGUGACGCUCGGCAGCGCCGCCUCUGCGCGUGCGCCGGCGCCCCGCGCCCACGGCGUGCCGACUGGGCCGGCCUCGCGCAUGCGCUCGCACCUGACCGAGACGAGCCCCGAGCUCAACGUCAACUCGGGCUCCACGCCGCUGCUGGCCGCGCUCAUUGCGCUUGCCUCGACGCCCAACUUUGCCAUUCGUUCGAGCGAGAAGGUCUUCCGCACGUCACAGGACAAGGCGUGCUUCAUCCACCCCUCGUCGGUGUGCCAUCUCAAGCACACGAAGAACAAGGAGUCGGAGAACACGGGCGAGCGCGAGCUGCUGGCGUUCAGCGAGAAGAUCCGCAACGUGUCGAUGGUGACGGCGGGCGGCGGCAACAGCAACCCGCAGACGAACCUGCGCGGCGUCACGCGCCUCGACCCGCUCACCUACAUGCUCUUCGGCGCGAACCAGGUCAGCAUCGCCGACGGCGGCAUCUACUGCGACGAGUGGCUCCCGGUGCGCGGCCACUUUGAGAGCCUCGACGACGUCGAGCGCCUCAAGGGCAUCCUCGACGUGUGCAUGCUGCGCGUCAUGGAGGGCUGCACGCACGUCAAGCGCGGCCCGCGGCGCAUUCAGCCGCAGCGCCAGCAGCAGCCAAAGCGCUGGGGCGAGGACGAUGACGACGCCAUCGAGGGCGAGCACGCCGAGGACGGCGCCGUGGACGCGUAUGGCGACCGCUCCGACCUCUCGCUGGCGCCGCAAGAGAUCGAGGAGUUUGAGCGCCUCACCUCAGGCAUCGUCGGCAUUCUCGACCACUACGCGCACGAGCGCUCGUGGAACGCCAGCCGCGGCAGCACGCGGCCCGCCACGCCGCAGGGCUAUGGCGGCGGCUCGGGCCCCGGCAGUGCGUAUGGCGGUGCCUACGGCGGCGUGCCCAACGGCGGCGGCGGCGCAUACGGCAGCAGCGGCAGCGGCUACAACUCGCCCUACUCGGCCGGCCCGCCGAUGGGCAACAGCGGCGGCGCCUACACGAUGGCUGCGAGCUCGCUGGGCCUCAGCGGUGCGCGGCAUAGCCACAGCGGGCCCGGCAGUGCCUACAACUCGCGCCCGGGCACGAGCGGCAGCGGCACCGGCCCCAGCAGCGGGCCCUCGGCGCUCGGCUCGUGGCGUCGUGGUGGCGCCUAG